AUGGGCCGAUGCGUAUCCGGUACUGAACACGCCACGCCUGUGUUGUUCCCGCAGCGCCUCGACGGCGGCGAGCCGCGCCCGCUCCACCUCCUCCUGCGAACCGUCCUUCGGGCGGAAGGUGGGCUGCUUCCUGGUGCCUUUGUCUGGGCUGUGUUUAAUCACGUAUCUCACACACCACGCCUGUCUCUUGCUGACCCAGUGAACGUACUUGACCCCGCUCACGCCGCUCUGGCGCUCCGCGGGGUCGUAGCUGCCAGCGCGGGCCUGCCCGAGCAGGUCAUCCUCCUGGAGCCGCCGCAGCGCCUCGACAGCGGCGAGCCGCGCCUGCUCCACCUCCUCCGGCGACUCGUCCUUCGGGCAGAACGCGGGCUGCUUUCUGCGACCUUGAUCCGGGCCGUUCUGUAUCCUAUACAGAAUGCGACACACAUUCCUGCAUUUCUCCUUGACUAUCUGGCGCUCCGCGGGGCUGUAACUGCCAACGCGGGCCUGCCCGAGCUGGUCCUCCUCCUCCUCCAGCCGCCACAGCGCCUCGACGGCGGCGAGCCGCGCCUGCUCCACCUCCUCUGGCGACUCGUCCUUCGGGCGGAAAGUGGGCUGCUUCCUGGUGCCUUUGUCUGCGCCGUUUUGUAUCUGGUACUUGACACGCCAAGCCUGUCUUGUGUUGUCCCAAUGUGUGUGUGUGCUUGA